AUGUUGACGAGGAUUUCGAGCACAGAUUCUUCGCCGAGGGCCAAGGAAGACGUUCCACAGCUGAAACUGUUGAAAGAGGCCGAUGAUGGACUGGUAGACAGUUCUUCCAGCUCCCCAGAGCCCGAUGAGAAGAUCGGGGAAGCAUGUGUAUCAACUUCUGAAAUCAGCAAAAUUCCGCACUCGAUGCUUCGAUACUCGCAGAAGUGGAUGAUGGUAGCCCUGCUGACAUCAGCAGGAUUUUGGUCAUCGCUGGGCUCACCGGCGGUAUAUCCAGCGCUGCGAAACCUACAGAGGGAAUUCGGGGUAAGCGAAGACUUGGUGAAUAUUGCAGUGGUUGUUUAUUUGCUUUUCCAGGGGGUUGCACCGACCGUAUGCAGUGGAUUGGCGGACACGUACGGUCGGCGCCCGGUGAUUUUGAUGGGAAUGCUAAUAUUCAUUGUUUCCUCAAUAGGCAUCGCAUGCUCGAACUCUUUCGCCUUGGUGAUCGCGCUUCGCUGCAUCCAAAGUUCCGGCAUCUCCCCAAUAAUAGCUAUCAACUCCGGGGUUGUCGGCGAUUUUACACUAAAAUCGGAGAGAGGAACGUUUAUUGGCGCUGUCUCUGGGUUAACGCUACUAGGACAAGCAUUUGGUUCCCUAAUAGGAGCAUCAUUGACAGCAGCCUACAACUGGAGAGCAGUUUUUUGGUUCAUGACUAUCGGCUGUGGAGUAUGCUUUCUGGCAAACUUCCUCUUCCUUCCGGAAACGCACCGUUGUAUUGUUGGGAACCUCUCGCUGAAACCCAAAAGGAAUAUUAACUUCUCGCCUGUGUUACUGCUUCCUGUGAUACGAAGACAAUUCAGCUUACAGCAUCCACAUUAUUCUAGCCUCGAUGAUACCGUGGCAGGCCUCGACAUUGUCGCCGCCUUAAAAAUCAUUGCAUGUCCCGAGAUCCUGCUCACCCUAUUACCAGCAGGACUGCAAUUUUCUCUCUGGACUCUUUCCCUCACAUCGCUAUCGCAGGCCUUGCAGAGUGAUCCGUAUAACUAUCCGCUCACGACUGUAGGCCUAUGUUACUUGCCAUCCGGAAUCUGCGGCCUACUGGGAUCUUUCCUGACUGGCAAGUUGAUAGACAUCUGGUAUAGAUACUUUGCCGAUAGGUUUCAGCGCCGUAGCGCAAAUUCUAGUGGCCCCAGCGCACCGUUUAAUGUCCUUGAGGCCAGAAUAGUGGCUGGAUUGCCUCAGAAUUUUAUUUCGGUCAUGGCUUUCAUUAUAUUCGGCUGGUCCAUUCAGGGCGGCUGGCACAUCUCAGUCCCUUUGGUCGCAUCCGGUGUUGGUACGUUCUGCGUUAUGAGUACACUCAGCACUUCGAGUACGCUGCUCAUUGACUUGUAUCCGAAUAGAGCUUCGACUGCCUCAAGUUGUUACAACUUUAUUAGGUGCACGCUAAGUGCCUUAUUCCUGGCAGUCUUUGCAAGAAUGAAAGCGUCAAUGACUAUUGGUGGUACAUUUACCUUUCUGUGCAGUCUAAUAUUUGUUGGUAAUUGCGCUUUGAUUUUCCCGAUGAAAUAUGGAAUGACUUGGCGUGAUAGGCGGUUGCGGCGCGCAGCUGAAGCGUCCUGUAAUUAA